UUUGAAAAUCUAAUGCGCGAUCUCGGCUGUUAGGAACUGUUUACCAGAACAAGAGCAUCGUAACUUACACCAUACCUGGAUAACACUGAAAGAAGACAGGGAAUAUUAGUAGAAAUGGAGGAGGAGGUAUCCGCGCCGAUACUUUCCCGGAGAGAGCUACGUAAACAAAAGCUGAUGGAGUAUUUGACUGCAAAAGGAAAAAUGAAGCCACCAAGUGCCAAGUCAUACCCUGGUGACGACUGUAAAGAUCAGAAACCUGUGACUGUUUUUCAGCAGGCUGUUGGAGGAAAGGAGAACAAAUCCCCAGCUGAUGGAGUCAAAUCUGUUAAAAUUCAAAGGUUCACGCUGACCGCCCAGUCGAGCCGAAACCCUCCCAGGAGAGCUUUCGGGUUCACUGGGAAAAUUAAUAUGAAAAGCAGCACAGAGGCUGGAGAGAAGAAUGCUAUCCGUCCACCCUUGAGCAGCGCACCGGCACGGCCAAAACCUAAUCACAACCCUGUCCUUACCAGAACAUACACAGUCACAUCGUCCAAAUCCAGUCUGACUGCAGCCAGCUGUCUGAAAAAGCAGCCAAACACACACAUUCAGACUUCAGGCAAAGCUCUGAUAAAUGCGACCCAUAAAGUUGGGGAGAAAUUUAACUCCAAGUCCAGCCUCAACUUUAAUAGUGCCAAGUUAUGUCCCGUGAAGACAGCAAGUACCCGGUUGAGUGUUGGUCCAUUCGUCCAAACGAAAACGGGACUCAUUCCUGCAGUGACCCAGCCAAGAACCACGAGGUCAGAUCUAAGACAGCCGUCUGCAUCGGCUGCUCGUGGCAGCCAGGCCACCACUGCUGGUGCUAGGAAGACGCUUCCCAAGAGCACGACGUCGGUGUUUGUUUCCCAGAGGUCUGCGGCGGCGGCGGCGGGCUCCUCAACCCGGAGAGCCGAGGAGAAAGUUCAAGUGCAGAGCAAGUCACAGUCUCAGCCAUUUGCAGUCAGACGCGCUCAGCCGACUUGUAAGGGUCAGCCGUCCAGCGGACUGAGGCCGACGUCCUCCUCCUUCAAGUGCAGAGCAGAGCCACAGGGAAGAGCGUUCACCAAUCCAUCAUCGUGUCAGUUUGAAAAUAGGUCAACAAAGGCAAGAUCUGGAGCCGAAGGAAACAAAAACGGCCAAGCAUGCAAAGUUGCCCCCCCGACAUCCUUCAGUAGAGCAAACAGGGUCGACGCCAGAGUCGUACCCGGAGUGAGGCCGCCCGGUUCAACCCAGCAGGGAGGGAGAACCAAGACCAGUAAAGAGAUGCAUUCAAAGAAAGAAAACACUUCGACAAAUGUCCCUAAAAGGAAGACAGGCUCUGCGAUGAUGUGUCAAACAGCACCACAGCCUUCCAGGACCGUCAGCUUCACGGGCCGGGCCACAGACAGGACCACCGCAAACAUCCGGGCCGUUCCCCAGACGGAGGGAAAGAAGCUGACCGCUGCUCAGGAGGCAAGACUGAAAAAACUGCAAGAAUGGCGAGAAGCAAAGGGUAUUUCUUACAAACGUCCUCCCAUGCCGGUGAAAGCACCGGUGAGGCGAACGCUGUCCUUGCCUCAGCCCUUCUGGGCCUCCAUGAAGGCUGAAGACGACGCCCACUCCCUCAUCUGCGCCGUCGACAGGUCCCUCGCCGACUGCAUCAAGUUACUCGCUGAGGGAUGCCCCGCGGACCAGGUGAAGGAGGUUCUCUCGCGGCUGCCCGCCGUGGCUCAGAAGUUUGCCAAGUACUGGAUCUGCCGAGCCCGUCUCAUGGAGCGGGAGGGGAACCUGGAUGUCUUGCCCAUGUUUGAAGAGGCUGUUCGUGUCGUGCUAGAGCCGGUGGACGAGCUGCGGACGGUGGUGUUUGACAUCAUGAAGAAAAAGGACGGGGCCCAAGUUUCUGGAAAGGAUGAGAGAGAGGCGGACCAGAUUCCUGCAGCUGAACAGACGGAGGAGUGUAGCGACAGCCCGAUGAUGACGCCAAAACCCGUCAGAGCUCUGAUCAGUGGGGAGCAGGGAGCGUCUUCCGUGGUCAAGUACAAGAUCACCGCCACUCCUGGGGGUCCUCCGAGCCAGCAGAGAGACCCGGUGAAGGUCAACGGCCAGGAGGUUCGCUUCUUCACCCCAGUCCGCCGAUCCGUGCGGAUCGAGAGGACCUCGCUCCGCUACCCGUCAGCCCUCCAGGACCACGACGUCUGCGUCGCCUCGUACCGCGACCUCAUAUCCCAGGAGGAUGCAGAGAAGACAGAAGAGCAGGAGAAUGACGAUGAAGCGCCCAUGUAUGUCUACAGGGAGAAUGAGGCGCUGAGAGAUAAAGUGUCUGUUGAUUUGGUGUGCGAUGAUCAGGCUUAGAUCUUCUGCUUCCCUCAUCUCCAACUUCACAAACAGUUUCCACAUCCAGAGUUUCCUAAAACAAAAGAGUUUUGAAUUUACGUGCAGUUAUUCUCAGCAGUUUUACGGUGUAAUAUUUAUCAUACUCGCUGUUUUAUUAUUUUAUUUCUUAAAUUGUGUGUAUAAAAGCUUGUCUUUGAUCAUUUUCUAACGAGUGUAUAAAGAAUAGAACGCGUCGUUUGACGGUUGAAGACGCCUGUAACGGGUUUUACUCCCGUCAUUGUCACGAACGGGAACGUCACCAGCUGAAUUCACCUGAACAGAAAUGAGCUCAUGAUACAACAUGAAAUCUGUGUCACUCAAACAGGUGUGGUUCCUCCGCUCCAGUGAAGAGCCUCAGUUUAUUUCUUUUAGGUUUGUUUAUAUCUUGGGAGGCAAUUUUUCAUUAUUUCAGGUUUUAUACAAUUUUACUGGAUGUGGUACAAAAAAAAUGACCCUUGUACAGUUGUAAAUAAAUGUGAAAUCUA